GGGGGGGAAAUAAGCAUCACACUAUUCACAACACGAAUUCAAGAUAAUUUUCCCCGCUUCUUCCGAAGACAGUGUCCCUUCCUCCUACACUUCUUGCCUUGCAGCCGAUACACAAGGCCUCAGAAAACAUUGCAAAUUGGACUCGGAAAUAUUGCAUGCCAUUGUACUCAAAACAUGUCAUAUACGAUAAGGCUUGUACGGCCACUGAUUGCGCAGUAUCAGAGUUCCUUCGCAAGUAAAAUUCCAAGGACCAGAGGGCAUACCUUCCAAAAUGGAAAUGCCAGCAUUAGCCUUGACCAAAUAUUCCUCCAGUGCAGAGGCAUGGCAGGACAUUCCAAGUGGGCAAAUAUUAAACACACAAAAGCUGCCAAGGAUGCUGAAAGACAGAAGAAAUUUAUGAAGUGUUCAAGGCUCAUAAAGCUUGCUGUUAAAGAAGGUGGAGGUGCAGACCCUAAGCUGAACUCAAAGCUAGCCAAAGCUAUUGAAUUUGCGCGGAGUUGCAGCAUGCCUUUGGCAUCCAUCGAAAGUGCAUUGAAAACAUCUCAGAAAUCCCAAGAUGAUGCUAAGCCGGCAAUUAUGGAAUACAGAGGACCUGGGGGUGUAUUCAUCUUAACAGAAUUACUUACUUCAAAUAUUUCUCGUACCAGGCAGAUGCUGCAGACUGUUCUUAAGAAACACAAUAUACAAGAGACAAAAGGUGCUCUACGAAUGUUUGAGGAAAAAGGCAUUAUUGUAGCAGAGGGUAACAACCUAUCUUUGGAGGCUGCAAUGGAGAGUGCAAUAGAGAUAGGGGCUGAGGAUGUUGAAGAAGAGGAAAAUAGUCUCGUGUUUACAAGUACACCAGAUGAUUUUUUGGCUGUCAAGCAGGGCCUGGAGAAUCUCAAGUACAAUAUCAGCUAUGCAAGUGUAGAUUUCAUACCUAUAUCUCCCAUUACGCUAAAUGAAAACGACCAAGAAGCACUGGACAUCAUAAUUCAGAAAAUGGAAGAUAUUGAUGAUGUUAUGAAAGUUCAUGUUGGUUUAUAGGAGUUGUUUAUGAAUUUAUAGUGAAUGAUGUGAUUUCUUAUGUAACAUCCUUUUUAUUUUGAUUAAUCCCUCUGUUCUCUGUACAGUUUGAUGUAUGUGGGCUAGAUUUACUGUUGUGCCUAUCUUAAUGAAAAAUUUAAAGUGCAUAUUCAGUUCAUAUGAUUAAGUAAUUUAAGAUUUUAUUUUAAUGUAAUCCACAAUGUGUAAAGUGGGAAUAUUCUGUGUUGAAUACGUUUUUUCUUUCCCUCAUUUUAUCAUCAUUAUUUUUAUUAUUAUUACUUUUUUUUAAGCUAUGUAUCAUUUGUUAAGAUUAGAUGAGAAUGUAUAUUUGUAAAUAAAUGUUGGAAGAGUUGUU